AUGGAGACAAUGGGCAUCCCUGUCUUGAGCCCUUAUACAGGGGAAAAUAGUCUGUCAGUGAAUAAUUUUCUGAUGACGGGUCCCAAGGCUUACCUUAUCUAUUCAAGCAGUGUAGCAGCUGGAGCACAGAACGGUAUAGACGAGUGUAAACACCAAUUUGCCUGGGAUCGGUGGAACUGCCCAGAACGGACUCUGCAGCUCUCUACUCACAGUGGUCUUCGCAGUGACUGGAACAUCCAUUCCACAGGACCUUCUUCAGGCAGCACAGUCUAUGACACUGGACCUACUUCCCCAGUCUGGAGAAUUCAUUUCAACAGGAUCCUCUUCUCUAGAUUGGAAUCCCAGUACAAUCGGACCUUCUUAGCCCGUCUUCAGAUCCCUUUUCCACUGAAUCACCCUCUGCAAUCUGGAGACUCCAUUUCUUCAGGAUUCCUAUUUCCAGCAAACCGUGAGACCGCUUUUGUCCAUGCGAUCAGCUCUGCUGGAGUGAUGUACACACUGACAAGGAACUGCAGUCUUGGGGACUUUGAUAACUGUGGCUGUGAUGAUUCCAGAAAUGGGCAGCUCGGAGGCCAAGGAUGGUUGUGGGGCGGAUGCAGCGACAACGUGGGUUUUGGAGAAGCUAUAUCCAAGCAGUUUGUGGAUGCUCUGGAAACUGGACAAGAUGCUCGGGCUGCAAUGAACCUACACAAUAAUGAAGCAGGAAGGAAGGCAGUGAAAAGCACAAUGAAACGAACUUGCAAAUGUCAUGGGGUCUCUGGAAGUUGCACCACCCAGACAUGUUGGCUUCAGCUGCCUGAAUUCCGGGAGGUGGGAUAUUAUUUGAAAGAAAAAUAUCACAAAGCUCUGAAAGUAGAUCUCCUUCAAGGAGCAGGUAACAGCGCUGCCAGUAGAGGGGCCAUAGCUGAAACAUUCAACUCGAUUUCCAAAAAAGAACUUGUUCACCUGGAAGAUUCCCCAGACUACUGCUUGGAGAACAAGACACUGGGACUUCUAGGUACAGAGGGUAGAGAAUGUCUCAAGAGAGGGAAGAACUUAAGCAAGUGGGAGAAAAGAAGCUGCAAACGUCUGUGCGGAGAUUGUGGGCUGGUGGUGGAGGAAAGAAGAGCGGACAUGGUGUCCAGCUGCAACUGCAAGUUUCACUGGUGCUGUGCAGUAAAAUGCGAGCAGUGUAGAAAAAGCGUAACCAAGUAUUUCUGCGUCAAAAAGGAAAAACGUGAGCGGAGUGGUGUUACACGCAAGAAGGAAACAAAGCUUAAAAAGAAGUUGUGA